GAGUGUACCUUCUCUUUCCCACGCUGUCCGCUUGGCAGUCGUGGGAGGAGGGACCGCCCUUAUUCAGGCUGGCGCUGUCUUAGCUGGGGAGACCCAGCACGGUGUGGACAACGCCUUCCACCGGAAGCUGGGCUGGAAGCUCUAAAGAGACUCCUCCCCUCCUUGCCUCAGGUCGUGUGUGUUCCCCUGUGGAUUCUCAUGUCCUUCCUGUGCCUGGUGGUCCUCUAUUACAUCGUGUGGUCCGUCCUGUUCUUGCGCUCCAUGGACGUGAUUGCAGAGCAGCGCAGGACUCACAUAACAAUGGCCCUGAGCUGGAUGACCAUCGUCGUGCCUCUUCUCACUUUUGAGAUUCUGCCGGUUCACAAACUGGAUGGCCACAAUGCGUUCUCCUGCAUACCCAUCUUCGUGCCUCUGUGGCUCUCCUUGAUCACACUGAUGGCAACCACGUUUGGACAGAAGGGAGGAAACCACUGGUGGUUUGGUAUUCGCAAAGAUUUCUGUCAGUUUCUGCUUGAAAUCUUCCCAUUUUUGCGAGAAUACGGAAACAUUUCCUACGAUCUCCAUCACGAAGACAAUGAAGAAACUGAAGAAACCCCAGUUCCGGAACCUCCUAAAAUUGCUCCUGUGUUUCGCAAGAAGACCAGGGUGGUCAUCACGCAGAGCCCUGGAAAGUAUGUGCUGCCCCCUCCCAAAUUAAACAUCGAAAUGCCCGAUUAAACGCCACCUUGGGGGACAGCACGUAAGUGGACGGGGACACACGCUCUCUCCACCUCCCUUUGCCGCCUCUUCACCCACAGCCCGGCCCCGGAACUGGAGCUGGGUCUCCAGGUACGUCCAUCCAACGCCUUCUUUGCAUCCAACGCCUAUCAGCCACUCAGCACCAAGGGACGCAGAGGUGGCAGGUGACCAGCCAGGGUGUGUGUCAGCGGACCUGGCUGCCAGGGAGAGUGGGAGAGGGAGCAGCGAUUUACAUCCGUCUGGGUGGGAGCCCAAGGCGUCUGGUGGUCCCCGUCGGACCCAGGGGGUGGCCAGAUGACCAGACCCGCAGAAGGGACAUCUGUCUACAUGGCUGGUUUUCAAAGUGCUAAAAGUUCUGAUCCAAAGUGUUGUUCCAAAAUAUAUUUUCCCACAGGGCCAGCCCCCAUGUGUAGCUUACCAGUUGUCCAGGUCUUGGCGUAGUCAGUAGGAACUGUAACGAUGUCUCUAAGGCACUGCGAGUGUAGACUGUAGACACAGCGCAGUCCUCCUUUUUCCUGUUCCUACCGUGGGAGUAGUUUCCCUUUGGGCAUGCUGACAGCAGUUUUUAAUAGCCUCACGGGUGAGCCCUUUCUAAUGGAGUCACUCCAUGCGUGUAUAGUAUUUAUACAGAUGUUUUAGCAUCGUAAUAGACGGUGUUAACUCCUAGUUCUGUACAGUAUAGUCUGUGAAAGUAUUUUUUUACAAGCUUGUGCUGGAGACGAGGUGUUCUGCUGCAGAAGUAGAAGCUGGCGGCACGCCUGCCCCACCCCAGCGGGGUGCCACGCCUUCACUGGACAUUGCUCUUUCCGCCCUGGAAUUCCUCCAGGUACUCGGUAGCUGCUACUGCCGGAACAGCCACAGCCAGCAAGAAGUGGUUCACGCUUUUCUGACGGGCUGGGAAUACUGGCUAGCCGAAAACCUGCAAGGUGCUACUGGAUGCCAGGACACUGGAGGAUGUUGCCCAGAGCAGAAAUGGCGUCCGUGUUAAGGCUCAAGCUUUCUGUCUGCCAGCAACAAGGAGGCUUUAGACGAGGCGCGAUGCUUUGACACGUGAAAGCUCCAGGCACCGCGGGUACAGUCGUGAGUCACCUGCUACAAGUGUGAUAUCAUGCUGCCUGAAACCAAAUCGGUCGUUCAUUUAAAAGAGGGUAAAAGGGGGCCGUCGAUAUACUCAGCCGGGAGAGGGGUGUGCAGUGUUAACGUGGGCAGCUGCUCACCGGCCUAAGUCGGCUUAAUUCCAGUCCCGCACAUACAGGCCUGCGCCCUGCAACGGGCCUCCAGGGAGCCUGUUCUGUUUGGGGUAAGGGGGAACGGAAAGUGGUAGCCUUACCUGCUCAGUGUGUAAAAAGUGUAGCUAAAUCCACUGUUUUUACUCUCUUAAGCUGUUCAAUAAACUGGCUCUUCAUUUUA